UGACUCAAAAGGCUGCUACCCGCUGCACUUGGCAGCAUGGAAAGGAGACGCCCAGAUAGUGCGCUUGCUCAUCCACCAAGGGCCCUCGCACACCAGAGUCAAUGAACAGAACAAUGACAACGAGACUGCCCUGCACUGUGCAGCACAGUACGGCCACACGGAGGUCGUGAAGGCUCUGUUGGAGGAGCUCACAGACCCCACCAUGCGCAACAACAAGUUCGAAACACCUCUGGACUUGGCAGCGCUCUAUGGGCGGCUGGAGGUGGUGAAGAUGCUGCUGAGCGCGCACCCCAACCUCCUGAGCUGCAGCACCAGGAAGCACACCCCCUUACACUUGGCCGCGAGGAAUGGCCACAAGGCCGUGGUGCAGGUCCUGCUGGACGCCGGCAUGGAUAGCAACUACCAGACGGAGAUGGGCAGCGCUUUGCAUGAGGCUGCUUUGUUUGGCAAGACCGAUGUGGUGCAAAUUCUGCUGGCUGCAGGAAUCGAUGUUAACAUAAAGGACAGCCGCGGACUGACUGCCCUCGACACUGUGCGCGACCUGCCUUCGCAGAAGAGCCAGCAGAUAGCAGCCCUGAUAGAAGACCACAUGACUGGAAAAAGAAGCGUGAAAGAAGAAGAGAAGAAGAGCACCACAGCUCAGCUACCUCUCCUCUCCAGCACGGACACCACGGCACCAAAGUCUCAGGGCAACGUGGAGAAAGCAGUCACUGAACUGAUUAUUGAUUUUGACACGCAUGCUGAGGAGGAGGGUCCCUACGAGGCACUGUACAAUGCUGUGUCCUGUCACUCCUUGGACAGCACGGCCAGUGGGCGAUCGUCUGACCGAGAUUCUGUGAACAAGGAGACCGAGGCCACAGGAGCAAGAACUGCUGGAGUCAGGCCUAGGGAACGUCCACCGCCUCCAGCAAAGCCACCACCUGAUGAAGAGGAGGAAGAACGCGUAGAUAAGAAGUAUUUGCCCUUGACAGCCUCUGAGGCCCUGACUGUGAGACCCAGGACUCAGAGCGGCGUCUCCCGGGAAGAGGACGAGCACCCUUAUGAGCUGUUGCUCACAGCAGAGACCAAGAAGCUGGGGGCCACAGACGGAAAGACUAAAGACCACAGGCGGAGCAGCGGCAGCCGGAGCCAGGACUCUGUGGAGGGGCAGGACGGGCAGGUCCCGGAGCAGUUCUCGGGCCUCCUCCACGGCUCCUCCCCAGUGUGUGAGGUGGGGCAGGACCCUUUCCAGCUGCUUACUGCCCCCAGCCAGAACCACCCAGGGUCCCCCCAGCAGGACGCCUGCCACGAGGCCAGCAUGCAGCUAGAGGAACCGGGCGUGCAAGGCACUGGAAACCCACAGCCCGGCGUCCUGGACCAAAGCAAGAGAGUGGGCUUCCCAGCAGGCUUGAGUGCCUCAGCCGGCCGAGCACACCUCCAGACUCUGACUCACACAGUCGCUCUGCACCCUGCUGGGGCUGAGGAAGAGGAGGACAGGAGCGGGGCCAGAAGCCGAGCCCCUCCCACUAGCAAGCCCAAGGCUGAGCUUAAGCUCAGCCGCAGUUUGUCAAAGUCUGACUCUGACCUCCUGACCUGCUCCCCCACGGAGGACACCACGAUGGGGAGUCGCAGCGAGUCUUUGUCCAACUGCAGCCUCGGAAAGAAGAGACUGGAGAAGUCACCUUCGUUUGCCUCUGAGUGGGACGAGAUUGAGAAAAUCAUGAGCUCGAUUGGAGAAGGAAUUGACUUUUCUCAGGAACAGCAGAAGCUCUCAGGUUCUCGGACGCUGGAGCAGAGCGUCGGGGAGUGGCUGGAGUCGGUUGGCCUGCAGCAGUACGAGGGCAAGUUGCUGCUGAAUGGCUUUGAUGAUGUCCGCUUCCUGGGCUCGAAUGUGAUGGAAGAGCAAGACCUGAGGGAGAUUGGCAUCAGUGACCCACAGCACCGGCGGAAGCUGCUGCAGGCUGCACGCUCACUGCCUAAGGUGAAGGCUCUUGGCUAUGAUGGGGUCAGCCCCCCCUCGGUGCCCUCCUGGUUGGACUCACUGGGGCUGCAGGACUACAUCCAUUCCUUCCUGUCCAGCGGCUACAGCUCCAUCGACACUGUGAAGAACCUCUGGGAGCUGGAGCUUGUCAACGUCCUGAAGGUUCACCUGCUGGGCCACCGUAAACGCAUCAUCGCCUCGCUUGCGGAAAGGCCCUAUGAGGAGCCACCCCAGAAGCCCCCGAGGUUUUCCCAGCUAAGAUGCCAGGACUUAAUCUCCCAGACGUCGUCCCCGCUGAGCCAGAAUGAUUCCUGCACAGGGCGGUCAGCAGAACUGCUGCUGCCCUCGGCAGACACCAGCAGGAGGCGCCACGACAGCCCAUACGACCCUGGGGCAGCCUCUCGAGUCGAGCGCUUCAGAGUCCAGGAGGAGCCCAGUGAGACCAAGCUGACCCUCCGUCCGCCCAGCCUGGCCGCCCCCUAUGCUCCGGUGCAGAGCUGGCAGCACCAGCCAGAAAAACUCAUCUUUGAAUCCUGUGGUUAUGAGGCUAAUUAUCUGGGCUCCAUGCUGAUUAAAGAUCUGCGAGGGACAGAAUCCACACAAGAUGCCUGUGCCAAAAUGCGGAAAUCUACAGAGCACAUGAAGAAAGUCCCGACCAUCAUCCUGUCCAUCACAUACAAAGGGGUCAAGUUCAUCGAUGCAUCCAACAAGAAUGUCAUUGCUGAGCAUGAGAUCCGGAACAUUUCUUGCGCUGCGCAGGACCCGGAGGACCUAUGUACCUUUGCCUACAUCACCAAGGACCUGCAGACGAGCCACCACUACUGCCAUGUUUUCAGCACAGUGGAUGUGAACCUCACCUACGAGAUCAUCCUGACCCUGGGGCAGGCGUUUGAGGUGGCCUAUCAGCUGGCCCUUCAGGCCCAGAAAUCCAGGGCGAUGGGGGCCUCUGCAGCUGCAAUGAUUGAAACAAAAUCUUCCAAACCGGUGCCUAAGCCUCGGGUCGGCGUGAGGAAGUCUGCACUGGAACCGCCUGACUCGGACCAGGAGGCCCCAUCCCAUGCUAGUGUUUCCUGGAUUGUGGACCCAAAGCCAGACUCUAAGCGGAGCCUCAGCACCAACUGAGCCACGGAGGAGCCACUGUGCUGCAGACACAGCCGUGGAAAGCACAGGCUCCUGCCCCCGCACCGAGCCUCGACGACAGCUCUGAAGACCCAGGCCCAGCCCUGCCCGUAGGAUCUCCUUUCAGCGCUUGGUCUGGCAGAUCAAACCCAGCCAUGGAGGCAGAGAAGACACCAGGCGUCUAGCCGACGGGACCAUAACUCUUGGUGGCCCAAGAGUGGCCUAUCCAGGACAUGUGUUUUUAAUAGGAAAAUGUAAUCUUUUUUUUAUAUAUAUAAAUUUUUAAUACUUGGUUCCAGCUUCUGGAUAAAGCUGUCGAUCAAGAUGACAGGAAAAGACCUCAUCUGUCCAGCCCUCUGCCUGCAAGAUGGAGUCCCAGCCUGGGGGAGACUUGGGGCAGAGUUGAGACUUCAGACUUUUGUUCCCAGCUACUAGUCUAGAGCUGGACUGGGGUGAUGGCCCUUGGCCAGAGCAGAAGUUUCUGGGGUUCCAGUGGGGAUGAGCAAGUAGUUUGUGGUGUGGGGAACCCCUUGGUACUCUCCUGUCCACGUUAGCACUGCCCACAGCAGCUGUGCCGUGUGCUGGCAGGCUUUAGCAGCCGUGUCAGAAGGGAGAAGUGGCUUUGUUUGGGGCGCUAGUGGUUAUCAGCUAAGAUUGCAGCUUGCCAGCUUGGAACUUGGCUGGCCUCACUCUGGUUUUUUGACUGUUGUUUCCUCUUGCUGGACAAGUCUGUUCCAGAUGUGGAAAAGGCUAUGUCCAGUGACAGUCUUCCCGGCCAUGGUCUUGAGGACAAGCUGGUGUCCCUUAGACUCUUCUGCUAGCUUUGCUCUUUAGAGUGACUUAGGUGGCAGUCAUCCUCCCGGGUCUGAGGAGCGGUGAGGAGCAGAGUCCUGGGGAUGGGGACGGCCAGGCCAGCCACUCCCCGGCGUUCCUGGAGUGGAGAGCGAAGGAGGGAAGCACUGAGCCCGUGGGUGCGUUAGCAGGCGGCAGGCCUCUCUGGCAGCACGCAUUCUGGUCUUGGGGGCAGGAGGCCCGGCUUGAGCAGAUCUGUGACUGCAGCUCGGGGUGUGCGCAUGGAGCACUGCUCCUUGGGAAGCAGGGUUUACCUCUGCUAGGCCUGUGGGCUUUUUGUCCUUCCUGGGAAGAAGCCAGUGGUCCUCCACUGCUAGGUACUGGCCACAGAACUUCCUUUCCCUGCUUCACACUCUCCGCCCCCACCUUGCAGGAAUCCUGCUCCCAGAGGUGAGCUCAGUGGUAGGCACGAAGCCUGGGGACACUGCAGACACUACGAUUAGCUCCAGCUGCAUUUUGUUCUAGAAAUCCCAGGCAGGCACUUCCCCUUGACGCUGCUAUGUCUUAUUUAUUCAGGGUGUUUCUACCAGAAAGUCUCUAGCUUGUCUGCUCUGGGUCUCCUUUCAAGAUUGGUUUCUGAAUAGUCAAAUUCCUCUUCUACUCCUCGGGGUGGGUCUCUCCCUUUCAGGACAGGUGCCAAGUGGAAGGGUCUGCCUUUGGCACUUGUACAGGUCAUGCCCUAUGGCAAGACCAAGGCUGUGAAGGAACCAUUCUGGUCAGAGUGGUACAACGUGCCCAGUGCCCUUGCUGCAGUGGCCGCAGGCUCCCUUCCUGGCCUCCCAGCCAGCCAGCUGCCCUGAGCAGGAGGCCCGCUCCAGCGGGCUCUGCCUCUGAGGUUGCCUAUUUGGGAGUUCUCCAGAAGCCUUGGGUUCGAACACUCAGAACCCACGGCUGCAGUCGUCACGGUGUCUCACAGUCGGCUAAGCUACAGGUCACAGGAGUUGUUGCUCAUGGCAGACAGUGGGACUGGAUUGUAAGAAAAAUGUUAUUUAAUCUUUGUUUCCAUAUUUUGAUACUUGAAUGACUUCCCUUUUGUUUUACUGUACAUAAAAUUGUUAAUCUGUCCAAUUUUGUUUGAAUUAUGAAUACCUUGUGGUACCAAACAUAACCGACCGUGCAACAGCAUAGGCUGACCUCACUACGGAGUGCGUCUCCUGGGCUUCCGGCUCUGUCUGUUAUUUUCGUAGCUGUACAGCUUAGGACAGACUGAGCUAAUAAAGGAGAACGGUGGAAACCA